AGGGUAAUGGCAUUACAGUUCGAAGCCUUCUGUGCAGGGGGCCUGGCCCCUGGCUGGAGCCUGACUGUACAGGGACAUGCGGAUGCUGGGGAAGAUAAGUUUGAGAUCAACUUUUUAACGGACGCGGGAGACAUCGCCUUCCAUGUCAAACCUCGAUUCUCCAGCGCCACGGUGGUGGGCAAUGCCUUCCAGGGAGGGCGGUGGGGACAGGAGGAGGUGUCCAGCGUGUUCCCGCUGACCUUGGGAGAGCCCUUUGAGGUGGAGGUGAGUGCAGACACAGAACACUUUCACAUUUACGCCCAGGAACAAAAGGUGCUCCAGUUCCCACAUCGGCACAGACCGCUAGCUACCAUCACCAGAGUGCGAGUGCUCAGUGACCAUCGGCUGGCCCAGGUGGAGCUGGCCAAGCGGGGCCUGAGCUGGGGGGAUGGGGGCUACUGAGUGGACUGGACCACACAGCCUACAAGAGCCAGCCUUGGCCAUCCUGUAUCCCCUGCCACCUGGAGCCACAUGCCACGCAUUGCAGAUGCUGGGAAGCUGAGGCUCUGUAUGAACCCCCUUUACCCUCAAUAAAAUAUGAGCA